AUGAGCAAAACUAUUAUUAUCGCUUUAAUUGCCACCUUAGUUGCUACUGGCACUCUCUUCGCUUUCUAAUUGAACUCUAAUUCAAACAACCUCUAAAAGAAUAAUAAGGUCUCUGCAGGUGUCUAAGGAUCUUACACUUACUUUGCCUUUGAAAGAGAAUGGCCUGGUACUGUUUGCAAGGUCAACAAGUGCACUCCUUCUUACAUGGGUAACUUCGACUCCAAGAACUUCAACCUCCACGGUCUCUGGCCCUCUGGUUUGGAAAGCAAUCAAUGCAGCUAUCCUUAAGAUUGUGGUAACACUCACUUCUCCUUCUCUAACAUCAGUCAACCCACCAAGAACUACAUGGAUACUUACUGGGUUGGUCUCUACUCAAGCACCUAAACUUUCUUGGACCACGAAUGGACCAAGCACGGUACUUGCUACGGUAAUGACUAAAACUAAUACUUCACCGUUGCUACUGACUUACACAAGAAAUACAAUCCCAUCUCUGCUUUAGCUGCUAAGAACAUCGUUCCCUCUGACAGCAAAUCUUACACUGUCUAAUAAGUCUAAAGUGCUUUAGAAUCUGGUUUCGGAGGUCCUGUUUUCUUACAAUGCAAGAAGGUCAAUGGCUAACAAAUGCUCUUUGCAGUCGACAUGUACUUCAACAAGGCUUUAACUGGUGUCAUUUCUUAACCCUGCACCAAGCAAUCUUCCUGCUCUACUUCCCAACCCAUCUACCUUCCCACUGUCUGA